CCAAUCGGAGGGCUGGAGAGCGCGAGAAGGGCAGGCGGGCCGUGCACACCUCUUCCGCCCUGGGCCCGGAAGGGUGAUGUGGCUGGGCCAGCGCUGGCCUCACUAUGUCUGCCAUUUUCAAUUUUCAGAGUCUGUUGACUGUAAUCUUGCUGCUUAUAUGUACCUGUGCUUAUAUCCGAUCCCUGGCACCCAGCAUCCUGGACAAAAAUAAAACUGGACUGUUGGGAAUAUUUUGGAAGUGUGCCAGAAUCGGUGAGCGAAAGAGUCCUUACGUCGCAGUGUGCUGUAUAGUGAUGGCCUUCAGCAUCCUCUUCAUACAGUAGCUUGGGGAAAUGCCAGAGUUCAAUCUCCAGAGGAUCUCAGCAUGAACAAGGACUUACUUGCAGAAAAUAAUGGAAACCAUGGUUAACCCUUUUAUCUCUGAACACUGAGUGAGAUAAAUAUCCAGACGCUGUUCUCUAUUUUUGUUACUGGACCAAUGUUCUAUAUAAAUAAUUAAGAUGUAAGCAUUUACUAUGGAAAGAGUUUGGUAGUCUCUAGCAGUUCACCUUGGUACUGUCACUACAAUAUCGCAUUCUGCGCAUGGUACCGUGUCAUGUCAGAUACCAAUUUCAGUAAGGUAUCUUUAAGCAACAAAAGCAGUAAAUUACUCAAGUUCCUUUCAUUGUGAUUUCGAAUCUUACUCUUUUUAGAAUGAGUCUGUUUUUCGACUAGCCUUUUUAUUAAGAAGACGUGGUUUCGUUUUGUCUUGUUACGUAUUCGUAUUGAGCAGUGCUCUUCCUCUGGCCACACCAUUUUCAUCAUUAACCGGAGUACCUCUACUUUUAGCAAACUCUGUAACUCAGUACAGGCGAUUGUAAUAGUUACGCCAUUCUUAAAGGAGGAAGAUAAGUGAGAUGUGACUUAAAAAUAGUACAGGGAAAUGUUUGUUUAAGAGAAGAGAGUUCGGACUAGCCAGCUGACAUCAUAGCCUCUAACGCCUCCGGCCAAGUGUGGACCCACUUGUCAGUGUGCAGCUGAGUGGCUAGCUGCGUUCUCUGAAAAACACAGCAUUUUCAGAAUGAAAGCAAAAAGGAACAAUUACAGAACAAGAAUCCUGUA